AGCAGCCAGUUGGUUGUACAACGACUGGGUCUACUUAAAAUUUUUGAAAGCUGUGAUUCCAUGUAUAAAAUGAGACAAAGUACAAACAAACACACACGAGAAGAACCACUUUGGCAACCCAACACUGCGUUUGAAGCGGGGGUUGAAACCAGAACACAUUUCAUAUCACUCACUCCGGGUUGGGGAACACUUGCUAUUUCUAGCAGGCGCUGAGUCAGGUGGACGACACCCAACUUGCAAUGAUCCCACCACGAAGCUAUACUCGACACCAAAAGGGCUUUUAAAAACAUCAAAAUAUCACAAAACCAACAAAAUGGAUACUACGUCAAAGGAAGAAAGUGAGCCAAUGGAACCAGAAAUACAAGCGUUACAGGACGAGGCGUCAGGGUCUAUUGACGUCGACGAUGAGGACGAGAUGGAAGAGCUUCACAACAGUUUGAAGGAAGUAGUCAAAGACCCAUCUGUCAAGCCCAAGCUUCAGUGUCUAAUGGUGGAUCCAUCCUUUUCCAUGGUGACUGUGCAGAGUGAGGACAGUGGGAUCGUCUGGGAGACCGCCUCAAGCAGGUGUUCCACUCCCUGGGCGUCUGAGGGAAGCUCACCAUCGGAAUCGUACGGUCUAGAAAGCUCGGCGGCACAGGGCAAGAUCACCGUCAUCAUGGACGACAACAAGAUUGUGAGGAAGCGCAAGAAAAGUGGCAGGAGCAAGCUGGGUGACAGAAUCAAGAGGCCCAGCUCAAGAAUGGCUGCAUACGGAACUGAGAGACCAGCGAUGACUGAGGUGUCUGUGCCCAAUGUCAAGCCUGAAAACGACGAGCCAGCUGAAUUGAAAGUGGACAAAGAUCAGGAGCUGUUUAGCCUCAUCUCUGAGGGUUACGAGAUCCUAAACAUUGUGGUACCUUCAAAACUUCCCACGGUGGACGAGGAAGAGGCAGGUGAUUUGGUGGAUAAUUUGUCCUAUUUACAAGACACCCCAAAGAUUAAAUCUAAAAGCAAAUUAGCUCCAGUGCCUGCCGGGGAUGACUACCAGGGGAUUAUAGUUCAGGAAAUAAUUAAUGGCGAAAAGGAGGAAGCAGACAAAAUUACAGAAACUGGCAUGAAAGAUGCAAAGAAAGAGGGGCCUGAUGAAGAUUACCUAGAUAAAUUCAAACUGGUCGAUUCACAUGCGCUUAGUGAACAGUCUAGCUCUUCAGGGGUUCCCAAUGAAGAAAACAUCAUGCAAGAACCUGAACAGGUGAAACCUCAAGGGGAAUUAAAGUCCAGUCCAUCCAACAUAGAGGACAGCUUCGUCAUCAUCACGGAUAAUGAGAUUGCAAGCGAGCAUAUGGAUGAGGUGUUCUACGCCAAUACUGGAACCAUGGCAGAUGAAAAAAACAAAGGGCAUGACAGCGACAGAAAAGUGAAAGAUGAGCCGAGAUCAUUGAAAGAGAGUGGCUCAGCCCUGUUUGGCAGCCAGGAGACAAUUCUCAUACCUGUUUACCUGCCCGAAGGUCCUCCAAAAAUUAUAGACCAAGUUCUUCUGGAGGAGCCAAGGGCCAUGUCGUUUCUUUACACUGACCUCUAUGAUGAGGCCAUGGGAAGCAGGAGGAGGGAUGAUGACCACUCAGAUGUCGAGAGCACUGUGUCUGAAAAAUCUUACAAGAAAAGAUUUUCUGAUGAUGACGAGGAGGACGAAGGCUACCUGGAAAAGUUCAUCUUGAAGGACGAGACGCCAGUGGUCCAGGAGCCCCUUGAAGUUGCUGAUGAUGUAAGGGAGGGUGGGAGAAUCAUCUGGCCACAGAAUAAAUUCGAACUUACUGGAUGUCUGAAGCGGGUGAAGGAAGAGGAUGACUCUGGAGGGGAGAAGACAGAAAUUGCAGCAACGGAGCAAAUGGAAGAUAGUGAAAAGGCACAACCAGUGGAUACAGGAAAGCCAGAGGAAAUCAGUCAAGGGCCUAUAACUAAGGCUGCUGAUGGAAGUAAAAUUGAACAGGAAAAAGAAGAUGACACCGAGGUCUGUGUUGGAAAUCACUGUGAACCAUGUGUUGCAGGAAAGAUGAUCCCUGAGUCACCAGAAAGUGUCAUUCAGAAUGAUGCCAGCAACUUGUUAUUGGAGGAGAGGGCUGAGACAGUAGAGGAAAUCGGGAAGCAUGAUGGAGAAAUUGCAGCAACGGAGCAAAUGGAAGAUAGUGAAAAGGCACAACCAGUGGAUACAGGAAAGCCAGAGGAAAUCAGUCAAGGGCCUAUAACUAAGGCUGCUGAUGAAAGUAAAAUUGAACAGGAAAAAGAAGAUGACACCGAGGUCUGUGUUGGAAAUCACUGUGAACCAUGUGAUGCAGGAAAGAUGAUCCCUGAGUCACCAGAAAGUGUCAUUCAGAAUGAUAUCAGCAACUUGUUAUUGGAGGAGAGGGCUGAGACAGUGGAGGAAAUCAGGAAGCAUGAUGCCAUAUCAGAAAAGGCAAAAGAUUCAAAGGAGACAGAGAGUGAAAUGAUGGGCAUUUCUGGAACAGUUUCGAAAAAAUCUCCAGAUUUGCUAAAUGAAGGAGAACAGACUGCAUCAGAGAAGGCGAUAAAUACAAUCCAGGAGCCAGAGACUUCCCUGGACAUGAAAACCUCAAGUCCAGAGGAGGUUUCAGAAAAAUUAACCGAAACUACCACAAUAGUUGAGGAGCCUUCAUGUAAAAAAUUGGAAGGGGUAGCUGAAAUACAGUCAGACGUUAAGAUAUCUACAGAACCUAUAAAUGAAGCCAUUGAGGUGAAAAAGUCAGAUGAGAUUGAGGCUGACCAAGCAACACCAGACACAACAAGUCAAGUAAAAGUCGAAGAAACCAUUACCAAAGAAAAACCUGCAGCUCCCCUUGUUGAGUCAGAUGUCAUAGCUACAGCACCUGAAGCCAUGAAAGACAGUAAGGUCAGUGUGGUGUCAGAAGAACAGCUUACAGACAGUGUAAGUGAAAUACCAGAUGAAGUUGCAGGAGGCAGCAAAGAACCAAACACAGACACAAUUCCUGAAGGAAAAACAGAGAAUGCCACUGUGCCUGCUGACGUUAUACACCUAGAGGACGUUAGUAAGAGUCUACCUGAGGUAGAAACUGAGGUCCUCAAACAAGACUCAACAGAGCAAGAGGGGGCCACAGACACAUUACUGGAUGAGAAAAGUGUAGCCAUAACAGAGACAGAAAUGGCAUCAAUUGAGUCCCCUGGUGUUGAGGUUUUAACUGUGGAGGACACAGCAGCAAGGACACCAUCACCUUCAGCAGCUCCAGCUCCAAUAGAAGUCCAGGAGGUCACAACCGAGGAUCGGAAAGAAGGAGAGCCAGUGGAGGAGCAAGCAGAAGAGCCAGAGGAUGAGAAAAGUGUAGCCAUUGAGAAGACCGUAAAAGAUGAUCUUGUAAUAAGUGGUGUUAAAGACAUCAUUGACACCACAGAGCAGUUAUCUGUGGAGUGUCCUCACAGCAAGGUCCAAGAACAAAAAAGUGCAAUUCAGGAGCAAGCUGUUGAUUCAGCAUCACAAGGUGAAUUAAAGGUGUCAGAGGAUGUAGUGGAGCCUGAUAGAACUGUGGAGAAGAGUGAAGCAACUGAAGUGCAUCAAGAAAUGAGCCCUGCAUUGCAAGCUAAUGUAGAUGUAAAAAACACAGGUCCUGAACCUGAGAAAGUGGAAGAAAGUCAACAAUCCACUGAAACACCAGUGGAAAAAGUUCAAGAUCUGACUGAGGAACUAGUUGGGGUUGAUAAACCCAAGGAGAAAAUUGAAAAAUCUGAAACCUCUAAUGAAAUAGCCAAUGUGUUGCAGGUAAACACGGACAUCAUUUGUGAUGUUUAUGAACCUAAAAAAGUAGAAAAUAAGAAAUUUAUGAUUGAGUUUUCCAUUGCUAACAGAGAAAAGCUUGCUGGAGCCCCAGUAGAAAAAAACAAGCAUACAGUAGAGCAGACACAGAAGAAAACAACAAGAAGGAAAGCUAAUGUACCAAUAAUAGAGGUUGUUCUAAGUAAAGUACCCUACACUCACGAGGAAAAGACUGAAAAACAGUUAUCUACAAGUAAACCAGAGACUCCACCUGUAGCCUCAGAAUCUAAAGACAGUGAAGAGCCUGUAACCAAAACUGCAGAAGGGGUUACCAGUGUAAAACAAGAUGCCUCACUGGAUAGUGUUCUACCUCAGACUGAAGUCAAGAGUAAUAAGCAAGCUGUGCAAUUGCCAGUAGAGGCUGCAGAGGCCACAAGGGCAGCUGAGCUGGAUAGCCUUGAACCCGAGGUCAGGGAGACACAAGCUUUAGAUGAACCCAAAGUAAAGGUAGAUCUAAUUCCAGAGACAGUAAAUGAGGAAAGCAAAGUACAAACAGAAGUAGAUAGUGAUGGUCAAAUAGCAGUUACAGAGGAUUACACCCAAGUCACUGGGUCUGUGUAUGAACCUGACACGAUAAAACCAGAUGUUCUAGUCUCAGAUAAGAUAGUGAAUGUUCCUGUGGCAGAACUUCCUUCAGAUGAGACUCGAGGUCCUGAGGCUGUGAUAGUAGAAAAGAAAGUUUUAGAUGAAACUGUUAAUGAUUUAGUAGAAGAAAUCCCUGUAGCUGAAACUCAAGGUCCUGAGGUUUUUAGUCUGGAAGAAAUCUCAGUUAAAAUUGCUGAAGAUGUAGUAGCUGAAAUUCCUCCAGUUGAGACAUCGGGGGAGGUUUUGAUUGUGGAAAGCAAAGUGUCAGAUGAAACUGUUACCAGUGUGGUGGCAGAAAUUCCUUCAGUUGAGACCCUAGGUCCUGAGGUUAUGAGUGCAGAGACCAAAGUGUCAGGUGAAACUAGGGGUGAUGUAGUAGCAGAAAUAACCUCUGUUGAACCUCCAGGUCCAGAGGCCAUUACAGUGGAAAAUAAAGCUCCAAAUCAACCUGUGAAUGAUGUAGUAGCAGAAAUUCCCUCUGUGGAGACACCAGAUGAGAAUUUGACCACGGAAAACAAAGUUUCAGAUCAACUUAUUGCGAGUGUCGCAAAGAUUCCUUCAGUUGAGACCCUAGGUCCUGAAGUAGUAAGUGCAGAGACCAAAGUGUCAGAUGAAACUGUGAGUGUUGUAGCAGCAGAAAUACCCUCUGUUGAGCGCCCAGGUGCUGAUGUCGUUACUGUUGUAGUAGGCAAAACGUUGAAUGAUGUAGUAGCAGAAAUUCAUUUAGUGGAGACACCAAAGGAGGUAUUGAUAGCUGAAAGCAAAGUUUUAGAUCAAAUUGAUGUGGUGGCAGAUAUUCCCUUAGUUGAGCCCAUAAGUCCUAAAGUUGUAACUGAGGAAGCCAAAGUUUCAGAUAAAACUGUAAACGAUAUUGCAACAGAAAUUCCCUCGGUAGAAACACCAGAUGAAGCAUUGAUAGCUGAAAGCAAAGUUUUAGAUCAAAUUGAUGUAGUGGCAGAUAUUCCCUUAGUUGAGACCAGAAGUCCUGAGGUUGUAACUGAGGAAGCCGAAGUUUCAGAUAAAACUGUAAACGAUAUUGCAACAGAAAUUCCCUCGGUAGAAACACCAGAUGAGGUAUUGAUAGCUGAAAGCAAAGUUUCAGAUAAAACUGACGUGGUGGCAGUCCAACAACCAUCACCUUCAGCAGCUCCAGCUCCAAUAGAAGUCCAGGAGGUCACAACCGAGGAUCGGAAAGAAGGAGAGCCAGUGGAGGAGCAAGCAGAGGAGCCAGAGGGCCUGCUGUUUUCUACCCUCCGAAGCUUCUCCCCCAAGGAAGACCUGUCAGUCCUACCUGAGCCUGAAGCCCUCAAAGAAUACCGUGAUGAAAUGGCAGAGGAGCUCGAUUAUGAGAUGAUCACUCAACAAGAGGCCAGGGAGUAUCCAGGUGUGGAGGCGGAGGUCAUUCCUGAGAGGGAAGAGGAGGAAUGCUUCACAGAGGUGGACACGAGCAAGGCGUUAGAGGAAGAGGCUGCAGAAGAUGUGCUGGAGGCAGACUAUGAAUUUAUUGAGGAGUCGGAAAGUGUUGAGCUGUCAGAGGAAGAUCAAGCUAAAAUGCAAGCAUUGGAUGCCUUUUGUCUUGUCUGUCAGUGCCCAGUUUUAAUGAUGGAGGAACAUCAAAACCAUGAAGUGUGCAGUUUGGAUAGAGCAUAUGAACUUCUGAAGGAUCGGCUUAGCAACUGGAUAUCCACAUUGCAAGAAAGAUCGGAAAAUAUUGAGGACAUGGUGUCAGAGAUCGAGCUGGUUUACAAUUCAGUGGAGGAACAAUGCAAGAUGAAUGAAGAAGCUAUGGACGAUCAGAAUGAGGAAAUGCUGAGACUGGUGAUGGAUCAGUACAAUGAGAUGUCUCACACAAUGGAAGAGGAGAAGAAGGCAAAGUUGGAGAAGCUCUAUGACCAGAUUGUCUCCUUCCAAGAGAGCAUUGACAUCGCCAAAGAGACUCUUGAGAAAAACUCAAAGGAGGAAGAAGAAGAGGAGGAGGAUUCUUUCACGUUUGUGUCUUCAUCUAAAGACAUAAACAUGAGUCUUACCAAAGCUUUGGAGUCGACUAUGUCUUUGGAACUUGGGCCACGUGGACUCUCUGUGUUUGAUGAUUAUGCCAAGGGCUCAGGAAAUGGACAGAAGCACCGCAAAGGCAUUCCAGUGCCACAGAAGCCACAUCUUCAGCCCCAGGAAGCCAACUCUGCCACCAGCACCUCUGUCACUGUGUACUGGAAGGUCAAUGAGGGGGACAUCAUCGACUGCUUCCAGGUGUACUGCAUGGAGGAUCCUCAAGGAGCUAUAUCUGAGGAGUACAGGGUGACAGUGAAAGAAAGCUACUGCACUCUGGAGGAACUGGACCCAGACAAGUGCUAUAAGGUGUGGGUGAUGGCUGUGAACUACACAGGAUGCAGCCUGCCCAGUGAGAGACUAUCUUUCAAAACAGCUCCAUCUGUGCCGGUGAUCCAGCCGGAGCGGUGCACCGUGCUGUGGGACUCGGCCACCCUGCGCUGGGCCUCGGAGCAACCAUCUGCCGCAGAGAGCUACACGCUGGAGUACUGCCGCCAGUACGCCUGCGAGGGAGAGGGCCUCAGGUCUUUUUCUGGGAUACAAGGCUGUGAGCAGAGAGUCCUGCUUCAGCCCAAUGAGAACUACCUGUUAUACAUCAAAGCUGUCAACUCGGCCGGGGCCAGUGAGCAGAGUGAGGCCGCACUCAUCUCCACCAGAGGAACAAGAUUCCAGCUGAUGAAAGAGACAGCCGGCCCAGCACUACGGCUGUUGGAGGAUAAGACCACCGUGUUGUACUCACAGGACAGCUUCAGUGAAAUGGCCUCUAUUAAUGAAUGUCCAGCCAUUCUGGGAGAGCUCUUGCCUUUGAAAGGCUACUAUUACUGGGAGACAGUGGUGUCAGGCUGCCCAUCCUACCGCCUCGGCGUGGCAUACAGCUCGAAUCCCAGUGACAGCCUUCUGGGAGAGAACAGCACCUCCUGGUGUCUGCACUGUGUCCCCACAUCAAGCAGCUCCAGGUUCGAGCUGCUCCAUAACAGCGUGGAGACCGACAUUUUCGUUGUGGACGUGCCCACCCGCGUGGGCACCCUACUGGACUUUGCCCAGGGGCGCCUGGUCUUCAUCAAUGCCCAGAACGGCCACCUCCUGGGCUCCACGCAGCACCGGUUCACGGAGCCCUGCCAUGCCGCUUUCGGCCUGGAGAGCCCCGGCUGCCUCACCGUCCACAUGCUGCCUGAGGUGCCAGAGUCUGCACGGCACUGCUAGUGCACCCCGUCAGUCCACCCCAUCUCCCCUCUGUGAUGUGCCCCCAAUGUCUGCCCUUGUAACAAGUUCAUUGUCUGUGAUGGCAAAUAGAUGUUUUUUUUUUUCGCUCUAGGACUUUUGUUUUUACUGGGCUGGGAUGAGUGAGUGAGUUUCUGUUGAAGAAAUAGAGAACAGCCUUUGUUUUCUACAAAUAUUCAAAUUUAUUGAAAUACUAUAUGCAAUUUACAAAUAUUGAAUUUACAGUUACUUAAAUUAUUUUGUAAAUAUGGGGAAGCUGACUAAAUAAAUUGAGUGAAUUAACUGAAAUAAUGUAUUGAAUUUGUUAGACACUUCAAACUUCAUACUUGAUAUUCACACAUUUAUCCUGUAAUUAAGAUUUCUUUAGUUUUACUUCCAACUACUUCCAAAGCUGUGCACCAGCAGAAUAUCAAUAAAUUUGUGUAUGUAUGACUUAAAAGUAUGACUUAAAAUUGUUUUUGUUUUGUUUUUUCAACGAGUCACAUCUUUUCAGUUUUGUGUUUUCUAUACUGUUAAGUGUACAUACUAUGUAUCACAUUUUGACUUGUUUGUGUUCUCCUAUAUUGUAAAUGCAUACCUUUAUCAGACUUGUGUCCCAUGAAAUGGCCUAUUUUUGUAUUUGAAUGAGAAGUAUUGAGAAAAUAAAAUAUUUCUGUAUCAACAAUAUUCAACAGUACUCCUUAGCUAAAGCUAAACUUUUAUGUGAUUUUUAAUGUUAUAUUUUAUCUUUAGCCAUUAUUGCAAAUCAUAAGUAUAUUAGUGCAUAUGAAAGUAAUCCACAUGCAUGUUGGUUUGUGCAACUGAAUGGGAAGAAAGUAUUGACCUAUGACUAUACGUUUUAUAUGGGGCCAGAGGACAUAGUUUAAAGCCAGGGUGAAAGUUAUGAGUUUUAAGUGAGGCAGAUGUUUUUUUCAGUGGGUUGUGUCUGAAUACAUAACAAUUAUGCACAUUUUUGAGUGCAGUUGUUGGCAUAUUAUCCACUAGAUGUCCCUGAAAAUCUUUUUGAUUUAUUUUUGUUUUAUUUUGUGUUCAUUUGUACUAUUUAGUUUAAAAUAUUUCUUUAAAUGAUUUAACUUGAAAUCCAGUAAAUGUACUGACUAGUUACUAUACUUUGAAAUGCAUUGAUGGUUGUCUAUCCUCUGCACAGUAAGAAGGAAAUUGUAGUUAAAAGAAUGUACAUUAUCACAGCAGGAAGAGAAUAACUAUGUGUCUUAACAUGUAAUAGUCACAAAUCGCUACACUUUGAGGAUUCACAACUAGAAUAGUAGUCUCAAAACAGAUGGAAAACACUACUGUAUCAGAAGGAACAGGUGCGACAUUCUGUAAGACACAGACAAAACAAACUGACAUCUGCAGAAACUCAAAGCAUGGCAAGGUUUCCAAGCAGUGGAAUGACAAUUACAAAACUUUUCAUAUGUUUUUUAAAUACUGCCAAGGGUGGUCAAGGGUAUGAUUAAUUCUAUUUUUAAUACUGUUAUAUAAUGUGCUGAAUAUUGUUUUUUUUUCCUCAUCCACAAUCUGUGUGUGGCACUUGAGUUGCUGGACCUCUGAUGGGAAACAUCUGAUUGCGAAUUUUGUUUUAAUAACUCUUAACUUCAUUUCAUAUCCUCUUCCGCAAAGUCUGCGUGAUUUACUGUUUGAAGGUGUUUUCAUUUUGUAUCUGUACUUUCUGGUUUUGGAUGCACCCAAACAUUUUACUUUGACAAGUCACUGCUGAGAAUAAUUAAAUUACAUUUUUCUGGC